AUGACAUUAGAAGAAGCUCCUGGGCCUUCUGCCCCGGUCACAGCACCCCCAGAAGUCGAAAAACUGGAAUAUACAACUCCAAAGUCUUCAAACCCCUUCAGAACCCAACAAAUCUCCGAAUCGGCCACGUUUCAGUCAAAACUACCAACCCUUUUUCCUCCUCCAGAUAUUCAUUCUCCCUAUAAAACACUCAAUCGUAUCCUCGACGACCUCAAGUACACCGUGCCGUAUCAAAACGCCCAUCCUGGCUCCUCGCUCCUCAGAUCACGGCCCAUUGAAUACUCUGUAAACCUAUCUCGAAUUGCUGCCAAAAAGCCUAAAUGUGCUACUAUCACCAUCAACAACGACGUGGCGUAUGCCCCUACCAUCGAGACGGUUGGGGUCGACUCCGAAGGUAAUAUGGUCCCUCAAUCGUCGCAGGAUCAAGAGACAGUGGCUCCAUUCACACUCACCAUCAUUCGAGGAUUGGUGGUUUGUGGCACCGAUAUCCAUCAUUUCCGACUCUCCACCAUCGAUUCUGCUACCAAUCCCUUCGCAACGACUAUCGACAAACACGAGUACCAUUUGGUCAAACCUAGCGAUAUUUCUCGCACAGAAGCCAAAGUACUAGACAUUCACAGCACUACUUCUUUUAUAGACGAUGCCAUGUUCCGGUCCGCCAACGCAUCCACUCGUCAUGUUCUCAGAGCCACGAUAUUCAAAAGCGAGUUCACUAACGACGAUUUAUGGCCGCUUCUCAACGACGAGGUCAUUGCCAAGCGAUAUGAAGAAGGUGCAAAGCGUCACCCAGACCUCAAUUUGUCACCUAAUGCUGUCCCCACUUCGGUACAUUGCAUCCACACGCUUCUCAAGGUGCUCAGAGGACCAAUUCUUCUACCACCAGGAGACCCCAUCAAGACUAUUAGCUUGACCAAAACAUCUCUCGACACCCAAUUGGAUGUUGACCUCCUCACCUCUCGUUUGGGAUUCGUGACAGCUGGAGAGGAUGUUGUACCGCCAAAUUUGGCCGAUAACCUAGAAUUGAGAGAAUCUUACAUUCGUAAGAGCAUUGAGCUCAUCUACGUUGGGGCUAAUAUCAAGCAGGAGCCUAACUCUGUCAACCAACAGUAUUCGUUUAGUGACAAUUUGUCCGUGGUGUAUCGAGCCAUAAACGAAUCUGAUAGACAUGUAAACGUUACGUUUGCAUCGUCGCAUAUAUCCAAUCAACUUCCCUUCUUCACCAACCUCAGUGCUACAACAUACUUUCAAGACGAAUUGGUAAUUCGAUGCUACGAAAACACGUUGAAAUCAGACAGCAAGAAUAAGCUUCAUUACGCCGACUCACUCCGAAGUAUCAUAAACUUCAAACGUGGUCAGUCAGGUCAAAGCAAUCAAAAGCUUCAAAGCUAUUUCAAUCAUCUCACACAGAGCGGCCAAUUUAUAGGCUACGAGGACUAUUCAAAUGCAUUAAGAGUUAUUGGAAUCGACAGACCAAAUGAAAACCUCACAGAUGAUGAUAUCAUUGCUGUGUACAAAGCUCAGUAUCAAGAAGAUCCUCGAAACUACUCGUACUUUAACAAGCAUCUUAAAGUCAUUGCUAAUGCCAGAGAGAGUGCGAUUCUCCACAACUAUAUCAAGAACGAAGUGUUGCCUUUGAAUAUUGCUAUGGAUGAUUUGGGGAUUGAAGAAAUCACCGAGGACGAAGUGGUGAUCACAGCUUAUGAGUUCAAGCUUGACGAUAUUUUACAGUCGAAUGGCUUCAAUUCAACGGCAUCAGAAAUUUUAUUGCUCAACAGAUCACUUCUUUCCGUUGCAGUGAACAGGAAAAGCUAUCAGUUAAUGUCAUACUACGAGCGCAAGAUAGAUACCAGUAAACCAGGUGUCAGUGUUCAUGAUGCCUUGGUUUUGUUCAACCUUGAAGACGUAAAGUAUGGUGAUGUCGAGAUAAUAACGUCGUUUCAAAACAGGAUCGCCAAAGCAACUGACGUUGAAGACAUUCGAAAGUUGCGAGCAGCAUUGAGGGCAUUGGCUGAGUCUAGGGAUCUGGCUAUCCUACAGAGCUUUUUGCAUUCGGGAAAGGUGGAUGUACUGCUCUUGCCUGCAGAAAAUUGGCCCUCUGGACUUGAUAACAUCGGAAACACAUGUUACCUCAACUCAUUACUACAGUACUAUUUCUGCAUCAAGCCUUUGAGACAAAUGGUACUAAAUUUCCCUAACAAUGCUACUGGACUUGAAGAAGCAUCAGAAAGGAAAAUUGGGGGCCGAAAGGUAGAAUUGCUGGAAGUUCAUCGUUCACACCAGUUUGUUUAUCAUCUUCAAAAGCUAUUUUUUGAUAUGAUACAUACAAACAAACGGUGUGUUGCACCUAGUAAAGAAUUGGCUUAUCUUGCCUUUUUGCCGCUUUCACAACCAGUUGGAUUUGGAACUCACGAAAGCAAGGCUCUAGUCAAGCUUGAUGAAAGUGCAGGGUUGGCGCAAGGAGAUGAGCUGGAACCAAUCAUGAUCGACUCACGAUCUCCUUCUCCUCCAUUUUUGCCUACCCCAAAUCAUAGUGAUGAUCUGAUGUCAGGUGAUAAAGAAACCCGUACAAUUCUUCCUAUUCUUGACGAAAUCGACAGCACAAUCGAAGUUGGCCGCCAGCAAGAUGUUACCGAGUGUAUCGAGAAUGUCACUUUUCAGUUGGAAACGGCAUUGGAACCAGAAUCUUUAGAAGAAGAUGGAGAACAAUUUGAUUUGAUCAAGAAGCUUUUCUAUGGCAAGACCCAACAGACCUUGACUCCUAUGCACAAAGCAGGGGAACAAAGAAUAUCCACUGAAAGAUUCUUUAGCUUGAUUAUCAAUGUCAGUGAUCAUCCAAAAGACAUUUACGAUUCGUUGGAUAACUAUUUUAGUGAAGACAUUGUCAAUCUUGAAGAUGGACAGGUGAAGAAGUCAUUGACGGUUGCUCAACUACCUGAGGUGUUGCAGUUCCAUGUACAGAGAGUCUUGUUCGACCGAGAAAAGUUGAUGGCAUAUAAGUCUAUCGAGCACAUUCCCUUUAGCGAAAGGAUAUAUCUAGAUCGGUAUUUGGAGACGCAAGAUCUGGAAAUCUUGAAGAAACGAGACGAAGUGUUUCAAUGGCGAUCUGAGGUUCGUCAAAUCCAUGAGCUUCGUAACAAGAUACUAACACCUGAUCCCAACAGCAAACUAUGCAUUAUCGAUGCCUUGGUGACAACCAAGAAGUACCUAGAAACGAAGGUGGUGCCUAGUAGCUCAGUGGCAGUUAAUCCUACCACGAUUCUGAAUCUUCAGGUCCAUAUCGAUGAAUUGAAAGGAAAGAUUGAAGCUCUCGAUGCUAAGCUUGAAGAGCUCACUUCAAAGAUAUCGGCUCAAUUCACUGACUACACCAAGGUCGGGUACUCCAUCUUUGCCAUAUUCAUUCACCGAGGCGAGGCAAGCUAUGGCCAUUACUGGGUGUACAUUAAGGACCCUCACAAAAACAUAUUCAGAAAGUACAAUGAUGAAAUUGUAACCGAGGUUCCGUCGUCCGAAGUGUUCAACUUUGUCAAAGAAAACACUGCCACGCCAUACUACAUUGUCUAUGUAAAGGACUCUUUGGAAAAAGACUACGUGGAGCCAUUGAAGCGAAUCAUUGAAUAG